UGCGAAAAUGCUGUGAUAAGGUAACUCAGGUAACGCAGUAUUGAUCUAGCUUUCAAAUUAUCAGGCUUGUUAUAAGCGCCGCGCGCGAGAUCGCGAUUUCACACCUAUACGCCAUUCGGUGAUUGGGCCGACGUUGGGCUGUUUAUAUCGUCUUUGGUUCCGUGGGAGACAUAACCUAAAUCCACCUGCGUCUACCGAUCGCGACAGGUGUUCACCACAAGCGUAAACUCCGAAAACAAAAUAAUAUGAAGCGAAAAUUUUCAAAGUGACGAAGAUUUAUUUAUAAGUCGUGAAAAUGAGCACGAAAUCGAAGAGACCACGGCUACUCUACAGUAGAGAGGCUUUGGAAGAAGCGAUCGCCGAUAUUAAGGCUGGGAUGCCCGUAAAAACUGCCAGUGAAAAAUACCAAAUCCCAAGAACUACGCUGCACAAUAAGAUGACAGCCAGGUACGCUGACAAGAGACCUGGUCCGGAGACCGUACUGACUACUGCUGAGGAAAAUGCACUGGUGCAGUGGAUCGCUAACUCAAGUAAACAGGGCUUGAUGGUGGGUAAGCAGCAGUUGGUGAACAGUGUUGCAUUUUUGGUUAAGACUCUGAAUAGGGAGAACCCGUUCUCCAAUGGUAGGCCUGGUAGGCACUGGUAUCAAAGCUUUUUAAGGAGGCACAAGGAUAUUGUGAGUAGGAUUAAUGAAAAUAGUGGAUUUGUGAAAACUUGUGCUGAUGAAGCUGAUAUCCGGAAUUGGUUCCAUGAGCUAAGCUCAUAUCUGGAGCAGAAGAGACUGUUAGAUAUUCCUGCUUCGAGAAUAUUCGCUGCAGAGAUGUGUGUUUUGUUCAGUAUGAAUGCGGAUGAUGAAGACAGAGAGAAAAUUUAUGUACAAAUGGCAGGCAGUGCGGAUGGCUGCUUGGUGCCACCUAUGUUGUUAUUUGAUAACGAGAGGCUACCUAGUAAAAUCUACCAGAGUCUGCCUAGAGGAUGGACCUGCAGUAAAUCAGAUGAUGGAUGCAUGAAACCAGAAAACUUUUAUGAGUAUGUGACACAACAUUUUAAAAAAUGGCUUGUUAAGAGAAAAGUUGACUUUCCUGUAGUUUUGUUUGUGGAUGGAAAAGCCCCAUACUUGACUCUAUCUCUGAGCAAUUUUUGCUUAAGAAAUAAAAUACAAUUAAUAGGUUUACUUCCCAAUUUGUCACACAUACUUCAGCCACUGAAUAAAGAACUAUUUCCCUCUGUAAAAGAAGCUUGGAAAAAAACACUUGAAUUUCAUCUACAAAAGGAGGCUACAAAUUCAUUGAAGGAAUAUGUGGCUCCUCUACUAAAAUCAGUUCUCGAUGAUUUACAAAUUGAUCAGCUGUUAAUUAAUGGCUUUUUAACAACAGGAUUGCACCCACUGACAGAAGACGCUUUAAAUUAUGAUAAAGUUCCAAAAAAAAUUCUGCCAAAGUCAGAAAUCCCAGAAUUCGAUCCGUACAAUCUCAAUGAAAUAUUCCAGGUAGAAGAAGGAGAACAACACUUAGAAAAGUGUAUGAAUGUAUUAAACCAUUUAGAACAAUGGCUAAGUUCAAGUAAACUUGAAAUUUUUAACGAGGCUUUUGAUCAUGAAAAAUGGACUGGAAGAAUAGAAGACAAAAGUUUAUUCUAUUACUGGAGAAAGGUGAAAACUGAAGUUGCUUAUUUAAACUUUGAGCCUGCCAAGUCUGAUACAAGUUGUGAGACAGUUAUUGUAGAGGCUGAUGUUCAUUCUUCCACAAACGAAAGUAGAGCAGAUAUAGUAGAGAUUAUUAUAGAAGAUUCUGAGAAAGAGUAUUCCACAGAAAUAAUCGAGUCAUGAAUUUUUUCAAAUUUAAGUAGUUAAAUAAUAAUAAGAUUAAAAUUAGUUUGGUGCUGGUACUAUUACCUAAUAUCUGUUUCAAAAACAGAUUACAUUUAAACUUUUCAAGCGUUUAUAAAUAACGUUUACAUUGCAAUAUUGUUAUAAGUCACAUCAAAGAAGUUGUUAAAAAGUCCAUGACAAAUGACUUGAAAAAGAAAAUGCUU